GGUGGACUUGCUUGUCGGUGGGUUUUCCAGGUGGGGCUAGGAUGAUUUUAGGUGUGCGAGGGUUACACGGUGGUCUUGGUGGCUGAGGGUGGUCGUUGUGUCGACGACUAUUUUCUAACCACCGAGCAAACCACAGCACGGGCGGUUGUCGUUGUGUCGAUGGCUAUUUUGGGUGUUUUUUUGGGCUUGGGCGGCUUGGGCUUUUGUAUUAAUUUAAAUUUAUUUGGGCUUGGGUUUUAAAUGAGCCUCUUUCAUGAUUUGGGCUUGGGCGGCUUGGGUUUUGUAUUAACUUAAAUUUAUUUGGGCUUGGGCUUUAAAUGAGCCUCUUUCAUGAUUUGGGCUUGGGCUUUUGUAUUAAUUUAAAUUUAUUUGGGCUUGGGCUUUAAAUGAGCCUCUUUUAUGAUUUGGGCUUGGGCUUUAAAUGAGCCUCUUUCAUGAUUUGGGCUUGGGCUUCUACAUUAACGGUAAACCGGUUUAUUUUUUUUCUUUUUCUUUUGGGAAAUCGGAAAAACCGGUUUCAUUUUUUUGAUUAGUAUAAAUAGUUUAUCUGCUUAAGUUCAUCAAAUGUUCAUUGUUUUCUUUCACAGUUCAACCCAUUCCAUUAUUUUUCUUCUUGAUUUUGCUUCUAAAAUGUCUCUUCCCUGUGAAAGUUGCUCUAAAGUCCAUGGAUUUCUUGAUUGUGAAACCUACUCUACUUGGUUAAGAGAUAAGGUCAAUUACGAAGGGUUUUGAUCGGUUGAAUGUCCCAUCUGCAUGAUAAAAACUGGGUUUCAGUGUCCCAUUAACAGUAGAUUCUACUGCAUUGAAUGUAAUAAUCACUUUUGCAGCAUAUGCAUGAAAAGAUUGAAGAGUAAAACUAGAAGGAAUACUGUCAACAGUGAGAUCAGUGAGGAGCCUCCUCAUACAUGUGAAGAGACUGAAUUUACCCAGAAGAGAAAAAUCAUCAGGAAUUUAUCCACUCGAUUUUUUAGCUAUUACAAGGCAUGGGAAAACUUUGACAAGGAAAUGUUUGAAUUGAAUUCGGAUAUGGCUGUUAUUCAGAGUUUGCCGGAAUCGGUUGGGUUUUUUCCUGUUGAAAUAAACAACCUCAGUAGCUACCUUACUUUGGUGACACAAUCACUAGAUAUUUUGAAAUCUUCAUACAUAUUUGCAUACUAUCACCAAAGACUGCAAGGGGAGAAAGAUGUUAACAAGCUGCAAUAUGAAAUAGAGAAAUGCUGUAUGUCCAUUGUUGAUCUUGUGAGAAGUUUGUCUGCUGUUGAUAUGAAGGCGGAAGACGUUAAGAAACUCUGGAUCUUACUUGAGAAUCAAUGACAAGAAAUAAAGGAUGCAACUUCGACAUUAAUAGAUUUGCUGCAAGGAAAUGUGGGGGAAGGAUUGUCCAAAGGAGCAUCGACUUGAAGGAACAACUUGGUUGGAGAAUAGCAUUUGUUUAAAACAUUGAUGGCUGAAUUUUGUAAUAUGUUGUAAUUGAAUUCGUAGUUGGUUGAUUGUAAUUGCGCUGGAGAAUAGCAUUUUUUUGAAACAUUAUUGCUGAAUUAGUUAUCCGUUGUAGCCUCUUAAUUGAAUUCUUUUGCUGGUUUAUUGUAAUUACGCUGGAUUUUGUAUCCAUUAAUGCGAUGUUGAAGCUGUAAAGAUUUUUUUAAUACUUUUCGUUGCUUCAUAUUUCAAUGAAUGUGCUUUUGUUCUUACUUACAUCUGAUGUCAAUUUAAUUGCAUUAUUUGGUUUGA